GGGUCGGAAGCUGCAAGCGUAGUUUAUCGAGAAUAAAAUUUUCUUCAACCAAAGCUAUCGAUUCUGGAAAUACACGGAUUUCGUACUAGGAUCCACCGUUGACCGGUCGUGCACCGCCGUUCCGAAAUGACGGGAACGAUUUUGGAAAAUCUCAGCGGAAAGAAGCUGAGCAUCCUCGUAUCCUGCUUGUUGUUUCUGCAGUUUCUCUGCUUUCUACUGGGUGGUCUAAUCGCUCCCGUUCCGGCCAGUGUACAAACUAUUUUGGCAACGAUUUGUAAGGAUGUCCCGGGUUCACAUAACGACACAAGCAUCUGGGUAUACUCCCGCGGGGAAGAUCAUUGCCAGAGUCUCGAUCACCUGGAUAUCAACAGUCACGAUUUGAAAAUGGCAAAUCAAAUUGUGUUCGUCUUUCAAAUGCCCCUUCCACGAGAAGGACGUCAGUUGGAUUACUCACGCUGGCAGCAGAAUCUGAUCGGUGUGUUGCAAACCGAUAUCGCUUACGAUGCCAACAUCCUGCUGAAACCACACACCAAAGUGACGUUCGAUGCUAGGUUGGCCUAUCGAAACAAAGGUGAUCCGGACCAGGGUUGGAAGUAUUUGGCUUCGUCUGUCGAGACGCGCAAUCUAGAUUGUGCUGCAGAUAAUGUGACAGAUGAGUACCUGUACAAUUGCGAUGCCAUUCCGCUGUUCGAAUUGGGUUCCCUGCAUCAUGAUUACUAUUUGCUGAACAUUCGAUUGCCGGUGGACAGUGACAUGGAGAUGAACAUCGACAUUGGACACAUUCAGGAUUUGCACUUGUCGGUAAUCUAUCAGAACGGUGGCUUUACUAAGAUUUGGGUUUCCCUCAAAACCGUAUUUUUCCCGUUCAUUAUCAUUAUCAUGAGCUGGUUCUGGCAGCGCGUACAUAUGCUGCAUCGAAAGCCAGCUCUGCUGGAGUAUAUGUUGCUGGCCCUAGGAAGUGCACUAACUUUCCUCAAUCUUCCGUUGGAAUAUCUGACACUGGUGUUCAAUAUGCCGUUUAUGCUUCUACUGAGUGAUAUUCGACAGGGUAUUUUCUACGCUUGUUUACUGUCGUUUUGGUUGGUAUUUGCCGGAGAACACAUGUUAAUACAGGAAAGCGGAGAAAAGUCCACUCUCAAGCGGUACUGGAAGCAUCUCAGUGCAGUGGCCGUUGGCUGUGUGUCGCUGUUUCUGUUCGACAUUUGCGAGCGUGGAGUUCAGCUGAGAAAUCCAUUCUACUCGAUUUGGGUUUCCCGCGUGGGAUCAAAAGUUGCCCUAAGCUUCAUCAUUCUGGCGGGCAUAUCGGCUGGACUGUAUUUCUUCUUCCUCUGCUACAUGGUUUGGAAAGUGUUCUGCAACAUCAACAUCAAGCGGAGCUCGUUGCCGUCGAUGUCAUCGGCCCGUCGGCUGCACUACGAAGGGAUUAUCUACCGUUUCCAGUUUCUGAUGUUGGCUACCCUGCUGUGUGCGGCUCUCACCGUGAUUGGCUUCAUUAUCGGUCAGGUUUCCGAAGGUCGCUGGAAGUGGGACGAGAAUAUUGAUCUGGAAUUUACUUCCGCUUUCUUUACCGGCGUGUACGGCAUGUGGAACAUUUACAUUUUCGCACUGAUCGUUUUGUAUGCACCCAGCCACAAGAAGUGGCCCUCCAAUGAAACCACCGAAAACAUCAUCAGCGAAGAGAUCGAAUUCAGUAAUUUACCAUCCGACUCAAACCCGAGUGAAAUUUCUUCCCUGACGCAGUUCGCUCGCAAGGCAGCUUUGGACUAGAGAGGCUAUCAGGUACGACCUUUUAAAGUUUUUGAAGAACAGUUGAAGAUUCUGGUACACAUAUUUCCCUGCUAGAGGAAGGUUGGUGUUUCACCUUCGUCACAUUUCUAAUUUAUACUGCUAACUUAUUGUAGCUACCUAAGUAAAAGGUGUUGUUCGAUGUUAGUCUGUCUGUGUUUGGUUCAAUCGUAGUUCGAAGCAGACGUAGGAUCUGUAAAACGCACAAUCCGUAAACGAUUCAGUAUUAAUCGGUGUCAUAUUGAUAGUCGUGUAACAUUCGUAUACCUAUUUAAAGUUGCAUUUGUAGAAUGUAGGAUAACAGAAUCUGUAAAAGCAAUGCCUCUACAACGGUAUCAUUUUA